AGAAGACACAAACCACCAUGAAAGAUCUACGUACAUUGUCCCAAAACCCAAAACCUAACCCGGGGUAUACCACAACCAAACCAAACGAGACGAGACGAGACCAUGAAAGAAACCCGAAGACCCGAGAACCCAGAGACCCGAAACGAAGACCCAAUGAUCCAAAAGAGAAAAGAAAGCAUGCACCUUGACGGUAAGUUGUAACGGCGCGACGCGUGAGAACUUGAACCCCUUUCCUUGCAGCUCGAGCUCGCAAACCUCACUGCUCGUCCCUCGUCCCUCAUUCCCUCUACACAUAUCCUCUGCACCGUACUCCGCCUGACGUUCGCCUCCGGGUUAGAUCGUUCUUCAACUCGAGAUGUCCUAUCACGGACUGCCUCGACCUUGCAAACUCGAGCUCCCACAGCAGCUUCAAGCUUCAGCCCGCCGGCGCAGCCACUAGUACUGCAAUAUCCGUCUCAGCUGAUCUCCGAUAUUGCCUCCGUCUCUCAAAGUUGCGACAAGUCAGAGAUAGGAUCGAACGCAUCCACCGUCAUCAACGUCGAAGCGAAUCCUCCGAGAGUAACACCACCAUUAGGUCGAGAAAGCACAGAACAGCCAACGUCCUCUUUCGUUCCGGUGAAUAGACAGGGUAUGCUGAGAGCUGAGGCUGGGAGAGGUGCCACCGCCACAGUGAUCGUGAGCGAGAGUAGGGAGAGAACAAC